AUGACUCUCCUCGGCAACAAGGACAACACUCAAGACAGCGGCGCAACAGGCGCCGCCAAGACCGCUACCAGCUCCGUAGGCGGCCUUGUGGGUGGUCUUGGCCGCACAGUCGGCAAUGUCACAGGAGCGGCCGGUCGCGGAGUUGGUGAUACGGUCACCGGCGCCACUGGAUCUGCCGGCCAACCUGUCGGUGAUGCCCUGGGCUCACUGGGCACUGGCGUCGAGAAGGGAGCAGAUGAUGUCAGCAAGGGCGUUGAGGACGCUGGCAAGUGGAAGUAA